GAUAUUAUUAUACGUGAGCAUUGUUUGUUUGAACAUGUAGCUGUUUAUGAGACGCGAGUGUAACAAUUGAACUCUGAUUGGGGGGAUUUUCAAUUGCAUCAUGUCUGGUUUUUAGAAGGAUUUCGGCGAAAUAAAGCAUGUUUUGUGCUACUUGUCGGCCACACAUUGAUUUCCUCUUAACCGACUUUAUGUCUGCAAACCGAACGAAGGCUGGUAACACUGUCUAUUAGUCGAAGUUCAUAGUUCAAAUCCUGCAUCGCUUGUCUGGUGGCCCUGAUCAAUGGGCGAUUCUGAAGGCAAAAUAUCUAACCAUAUAUCAAAACCAGACGUAAAUAAUGGUGUACACGGUUCGCAUUCUGUUACUGCAGGGAAGUGUUCGUCGAAGGAGUCGAGUUCGGGUUUUAUGCUAUUAAGUGUAAAACACUUGUCGAAAGUCAAGCGGAGUAAACACUUAUCUACAGCUGGCAUGGGAAAUGACCCGCUAGUCAGUAAUCACGCAGAAAUGCGCUCAACACUGCCCCUACCAAGCCUCCCUCAAACAGACGGUUGUUUGGUGCCGCAGAGUUCUAUGUGUGAGGACAAUCUGCAUGAUACUUAUGGUUCAGGCUCUAUAGAAGCUGAGGAGUUUGAAGACUUUGAUGAUCAGGAGGAUGAUGCUGAUCUAACUGGGGACGGAAAUCCUAUCAGGAAUAUAAAUGUGGUUGGUCAUAACUCUUUUAGUCAUUUCGGUACGACUCUCCCAAAUGAACCAUCGAUUGCUGCCAACUUUUGCCAGCUCCAUUUCCCUACUGUGACUCAGUCGUUCACAAAUCCGCUAAAUGGUCACUUUCAGUCGCCUGUAUUUCCGGGUAAAAAGUUCACAUCUACCUGUAAUGAUGCCUACCAGCCAAAACAUUCAGACCAUCUUUCGUCCCCUGUUCUAAUGCCUUCUCUUAAUCAAUCCGGAAAAUUGGAUUAUCUACAGCCUUUCCAAAACAAAUGCAUUUACCCACCAUACCCUCAAAAUCCAUGCUAUCCAGGUUUUUUUAAUUCUGACAACUCAGAUGCCAUUCCUUCAACAGGAUCACCGCUUGAGCAUGACAAUCGUUGUAUAGCACCAGAACAAAAACAUCUGAAUAUUAAUCAUUUACUUGGUCGGCGGAUAACUUCUGACUCUCACGAUUGUACAGAUAUCUCUGAUUUAUCUCCAUCCAAGUUGGUAUGUACUAUGGCCAGUCAUAAUUACCCUGAUCCACCUAAUACUUCUUCAGAUUGGAUGAAACUAUCAGGUGUAUUGCAUCCUACAUAUCAUGCUGGUUUAUCUCCUCGUUCGAGACACGGGAGUUUUACUCAGCCUGCAAUAACAUGCCUACACCAUUUACAUCCAUCAACAACGUCGGACAAUGCAGCAUCAACUGCUUCUACAAACAACCACUUGACAUCAGACGCUGUUGCUAAAGCAACGGCAUCACUUCCACCACUGCAACCAGCUUCAAGAUUUCGCAAGGCUCGUAUACAUGAAACCGUUGAACAGUGGUCUUGUGGUCGAUUUUCGGUACAUGAUUGUCACCUGAAGGCCGUUCCGGAUUGGGUUAAUGAGCUUCACAAAAAGUCUCUUGCUUGCGAAGACGCUAUUUCAAACCUGCCGAAUAGAAAAACAAAGUGUUUGUCCUGUUUCAUACCUAAAACUGUUGGGGAUACAAGCACAACAAUGUUUCCACGAUCCACACAAGGUUUUGCACACCUCGGAGUUUCUGUUGACCACCACUCAGACCAUACCCACCAAAAGUUAGGUAUCCUUGAUAACGCGUUGGAAGCCCGGUCAAUAAUUUUGAGUCAUGGCUCCCAAGGAAAUAAUUUGUUUUCCUUUUGGAAUGAUGGGCUUCGUGUCCGCAGUCAAAUUCCUUCGUUUGCUCGUGUCCACGUGCGUAAUUCGGAACCAAUUUACGAUGCAUGUGAUAAUUGUGAUUGUCCUAUUCUAAACUCCGUUCAUUCUGAAUGUAAGAUUAAGAAAACUUAUACGGAAAACAGUCAUAACGGGCAUCACGGUGCGAUCAACUUGUCGUCGAGAGAAAACGGUAUUGAGGAAGACAGUACUGAACUUACAGACGGUUCACCGAUUCUUCUAGGUUCUUCAGACCCGGCCACUGCAUAUUUGCGCCGAAAGCACAUGGGGACAACAAGUUAUGCGGAAAGCUUAUCGGUUGCUACAGAUUCAAAACAACGUGACGAUUCUACAACUGCAGCCUCACCUCAACAACCUUUAAAAAAUAUCUCUCCUCUCCGGUCAGAUUUCAUUUACAUGGACUCAAAAGAGGUACUGAAUCAUUCUGACGGACCGGGUUAUGCUCCUAACCAAGAAAUGUGUCUUCAUGAAGUUUCAAGUGCACCUUCAAGUAAUGUCCCUCCAGCUAGUCCUAGUGCAGCUGUCAUUGUCACCAACACUGAUCGAAUCCCUCUAGGACUGGAAAUACCUUCAGAAAUCUCCAUGUCUAAGCUGCGUUUGCUAGAUUUGGUACCUACUGAUGAAAACAAUUUGGGACCUGAUUAUGCGAACGUCAAUCUUUUGGGUUCGAAUGUGCAACGUCUGAUAAAUGAAGGUACCAGUACGGCAAACAAAGACAAGCUUGAAGAUAAUUCCAGGACAAACCACGUUUCCCCGGGAGAUUUUCACCUACAUACUUCACCGAGGAAAAUUGAUUUUCGCUUGCGAUCAAGUGGUCGUCGUUCUAAAAGCUUUGACGAUAGUUUCUGCGUCAACAGUCUGGAUCGCAUUAAAAGUAAUAAGUUAUACAACUCCGACAUUGUUAGAAGGUCACGCGCACCUCUAACUGUGGAAGAUGUUAUCAGUACUGCAUCACCCAAGGGCUUCAAAUUCCCCAGUGACUUUACCAGCGAAGUUGAAUGUAACCGGAAUUCCAGAACAUCAUCCCUUUUAUCUGAUCGUCUUGAAGCCCGUAUACGCGCCAGCAUGGAAGCCAUUAGGUCUACGUUGGUAAAUAGUUUUCGUGAUGAAUUGGCAACUGUACUUGCAGAAAAUGUUAAUCUGCGUUCAGAAAUAACUCGAUUGAAUUCCGAAUUGACACUUCUUCGAAGCUAUCAGCAUGCCUUUUUCGCUAUUCGACCUUUCGUCCCACCUAGUUUGUGGGAAAAUAUUUGUGUUCAGCAAGGUUUACCUGUAUCACCCCUCAUGAAUGGUGCUGAUUGUCAGCCAUCUUGUGAUCCACAAAAUUCUCGGUAAAACGCUAACAAACAGGUUAUGUCAUUGUUUUGCGUUACUACCGGUUAAUCAGUCGGUGAGAUUUUUCAAACACUCAUCGAUCAACGUGUGCAAUAGUUCCUCCUGAGACUUCGUUCUCAAAAUUCUUAUCUCGUCAGUACUGGCAACAUGUAGUAAUUCACCUACUUUGUCUUUUCCCCCUUUGCAAGAUUCUUCACACUUUUACCGUUCUUAUUUUCACGGCUUGUUUAUUUUCGUUUCCUGUCGUUUCACUGAACAUGAGAGAUUUGUGUAUGUAUUUGAUUGUUUAACAAAAUAACUACUAAUAGCCCUGUAACCUUGGGUUCCUCUUGCUGUAUGUAUGUUCACCAGGCUCUUUCAUUCCCACCAUACAGUCGGUUGGUGUCAUCUCUUAAGUUCAGGCUGUUUGGACGAGAAUUAUUCACUCACCAAAGGUUUUCUUAGGCCUAUUAACGAUGUAUGUUUGAACUGUGAUUACAGGAAGCUUUUUGUGAUGUUUCCAUGUCUGUACAGAAAAUUAGCUUGUAUAAAUUUAUGUAAAGUAUCUUUUUUUUCUCAUUGUAACAUCUAGUUGUAUUUCUUCUUGUUCACUCACUUACUAGAAAAUGUUAGAAUAAUAUGCAAUCUUUAUUCAUAAUAUAAUUUCUUUGACAAAACCAAAUACACAAGGUUUCUUAUUCCACACUUAUUGGCAUUGUCUUCUGUUAACAAACUUUUAUAUGAACCUUUUUGUUUGUCUCUCUUUGUUAUUUUUCAUUCCUGGUGAUGUCAAUUUUUCAAUCAUUUUGAUUAGAUAUAUAUAUUUUCAUCUCAAUUCGUUUGUGAAUUGCGUUGGUACAUCGGUCUCUAUGAAAUAUUACAUACAUUCCUCAAAUGAUUGGACUCAUAACUUAACUCUCUAAAAUUUGGUUGUUAUCUGUCUAAACAGUUAUGCAUUUAUGCCUAUAAAAGGAUGUUAUCACUGUUGAAUUUUUCAAACCGUUUGCUGGUAUUUCACUUUUAUUGUUAAAAAAAGAAAGAGUGGUCAGUUCUCUUGCUUUAGCUUCAUGUUUUAUGUUAUUUUUGGUAUCAGUCAAACUUUAUGUAUUCUACCAUUUGUAGGUCAUCUUCUGUAGAAAUUGAUUAUUGAUUGAUAUCAUGCACUAGUCCUUUCCUUUUUUUUUAUCACUAAAAUUCGUUGUAAAUAACUUUUGCAUUGUCUGUGAUUACACUGUACAUGCGCACAAAAUUGUAAACUGUAGUGUCAACAUGGUAAACCUUCAGUUCACCUUCAGCCUUUGUAAGCCUUUUUCUUUAGCAGCAUAUUUAUGUUUAGUCAACGUUUUCAACUCGUUGACUCCAAAAAAUAUCUAUUUCUACCGGUUGUGCUACCGACACAUGAUUCACAUAUGUCUGUUAACAGUAGCCAACCCGUUUUGAACUCCUGAACAGAAAACAAGUUCCUACAAAUGGACGCAGGCAGGUUGCAGUAUUAUGAAGAUUUAGCAUAAUUCGGUACUGAGCUCUUCCGCAUCAAACUGCAAGUUAAAAUAGGUACCUAACUAUGUACCUCAGAGAGUUAAACCUGCAUAAGCUAUGUAAGCUUAGAAUUGAGUUAUGGAUGAAGACAAUACUGUACUGGUGUUCACUGAAUUUAUGAUUUUCAUAGCUGCACAAUAGUUAAUUUGACAAAUGCACUGAUACCUGUUCAGGUUAACUGUCAACAAGUAGAUGAAAGUAACCAGUCGCAAAUAUGUAAGAUUAUGACUAGGAAGGACUGCGAUUGACUUUCUCCAGAAAGUAAUACAAUCAAGUAACAAUGUAUUCAUUUCAUUACUGGGCCAGUAUAAUCUCUUAUUGGCUUGGUAUCUACGUAAUGCCACAACCCAUCCGAUGUCAGUGUGAUGAUACCACUUAUGGUGUUAGACUAGCUGGUAAUUACCAACUGACAGUUGCACCAAAAAUGUAGAACAAAUACGAGACGGUAUAUAGAUGAAUAAAGCACAAAUGAAAAGGAUGCUUUUAUAAGCUACGUAGUGAAUAAGCUUAGUGGUAAUUUCAGUCCACUGGGGACAUGUGAUGUGAGUUAAAUCAUCUCUAGAUUAUAUUCGCCUGUUGGAAUUUUGUCUCUGGUACCCUUGAUUUAGAUUUAACAUAUGGUUCGAUUAAGAGAACAAUUCUAAGCCUAAAAUAUAAUCGUGUUACAAGAUUUUAUGUUUCUCUUGUAAGGACUAGGGAAGUACAGUUGGAUUAAUUUGCGGAGAUUUAGUGAGUAGUCCAGUGUAUUACAGUUCUCAUGCACUACUCUGGAUUCUACGAUUUUGUUUCUGACUAAACCAAUUUAAUGGUUACCCUUCAAAUCCAUAUUCGGAAAGUGUGUGUCUUCCUGUUGAUGCCUUCUGAUCACACUUUCCUCAUUGCUUGUCGUUUAAAAUAGUUUCCCUUCAUAUCUGUAAAUAAGUGGUAAUCGCUCACUGUGCACUGCACUGUCGAAUAAAUUUAUCUAACGCGGAAUUAUACUGUGCUGGGAUUCUUCUUUCACAUUUAGUGAUAUCAUGUACUGUGCGAACGGGCUGCACUGCUGUAAAGCAAAAAUGACUUGCUUUUUUUCCUAGUCAAGAUGAACAUUUAAUGGUAAGUGAUUACAUUUUUAGUGAUGCAAUGUAACUUUGAGCAAACAUAGUGUGUUACGAGUAGAUUGAUAUGUCAAGCAAUCUCUAUUUCAAAUGCUGGACAGCAAAAACUCACUUAAAUUCUAUGUGGUUCUGGUCUGGUGAUAUUGCGUCACCUAUACGGUGAAUAGCCU